GUGCAGUCUUUUGUUGGCCGCCGAUAAAGAAACAAUAGUGUCCGAUCGGAGAGAGCGGCCGUGACGUCACAUGCGGGGGUCCUGCUUCAUCGUGACGUCACACUCGGCUUCUCAGGUCAGGAGGAGGCAGCAGCAGGACCUGAGAGUUUCUGAGCCUCCGAUAUCACAUGACUGAAGUACAAACUGCUCCCCGUUUAGUGACGUCAUAGUAGAGGGGGGAUUCCGUGACGUCACAGAACACUCUGGGACUCCGCACACUCGAGUUAGGACCUUGGCUUCGUUCACACGUGGCAACUCCGAGACUUGUCUGCUGGGAUGGGAGGAGGACGGUGGGUGAGCGCCCUGCUACUGGGGCUCCUGUGCCUGCUCUCAGGGGCUCUGACUCCAGGAGACGCCCAGGAGGAGACGAGCCCCCCGCCCACUGCCAGCCCACCCCCUGUGAGUGUCAGCUCCAGUAUCUCGGGACCCCCAGACACAACGUCCGGGCCGCCAGGUAAUGACAUAAUCGCAGAUACCGAGCGCCCGUCCGCUCCGCCCUCAUCCACAGUCAGCGUGGCGGAAUCUGACGGCGCAGGAAGCAGCGUUACCGCCGCAUCGGGAGCUAGUGAUGAGAUGGCGUCUGACCCCACCGGGACCCCCCCUGUGACCGACGGCAACAGGACAACCAGUGCAGACGUCACCGAGCCGCCAGCACACAACGUGACAGCAGACACCGCGACAGAGACGCCCUCGCUCCUCGCCACCCUCAGGACCUCCGCAGCAGCCGAGACGCAGCCCAGCGAGGACUCCAUGUCUGUCCACUCCACCUGGAUGUCCGCCAUCACCAUCAGCCUCUUUGUCAGCACCACAGUGACCGCCCAAGAACCGCGCAGCCCAGCCACGCAGAGCGCCACCGCGCCGCACACAUCCAGGGCGGAGGUGCAGCGGGAGCCGUCAGUGCUGGAAGUGGGGGACGAGAAAGAUCUGACUGGUUAUCCCUCCGGGAACAGCUCCAACCCCCUGUUUGUGAUGAUCGUCUCCGUCUUCACCAUCAUGGUGGUGAUGGUGGUGGUUGUAGUUGGUUUCCAUCGAUACAAGAAAAGGAACAGCCGCACCGAGUUCAGACGCCUGCAGGAUCUGCCAAUGGAUGACAUGAUGGAGGACACCCCGCUCUCCCUGUACAGCUACUAGCGGGGCGGGCAGCGCGGCGCACUCUCCGUGCCGUCGCUCAGAUGCACUUUUGGGGGGGACUUUUGCGGACACUAUGUGAUACAAACACGAUCCAGACACUACUGAAGAUCCCUCCACGCCGCGGCGCGCCCCCUCGGUGUCUGCGCUGGUCUGUCAGCUGCCCUCCGCUCUGCGAAUGACGCCGCCAUCAAAAACGCCAGAGCACGGUGACAUUAUUAUUUAUGUUAAGAUUAGUGCCGGAGAAGCUAAAACCUGGGGGGCACCCCCCCCUCCCCCAAUAAAACGACGGACCUGGAGAGGCUGCCACAGAUUUCCACAUUCCUAAAUAACGUCCCAUCCAGCGCCUUGCCCGCGAAAUCUCCAAUUAAGACAAUCAAUCCGGAAAUAUUGUAAAUUGCGUUAUCAGUCGGGGUGUGUUCACCAUCACAUGGUCGUUUCCGUAGACGCCGCACUCGUAGAUUACUAACCCCUCGUCUGCACUCAGGGUAACAAGUCUGGUGGGGGCGUGGCCCUGCCUCACCGGAUAGACGCCAUAGCACAGGGUAUCGCCCUACAGGACCCGGCUGGAGUCACCGCCAUACUGCGCCAUUGUUGAACAGAAGGAGCAGGAAGUUUCCCGCUUGUCAGGCGAAUCCAACCGUGGUGAGAAUUGUACGGAAAUAGUUUUCUUGUUCAUUUUAUUAAUUGAGGAAUAAAGUUUUAUUUUCCCCAUU